UUAUCUGUGCGUUGGAUUUAAUAAGUUUUGGAAUCCGAAAAGAGGAGAGAGAGACAGACAGAAGAGAGAGAGCCUUCGGACAUUUGAGAGAGAGAGAGAGAGAGAAACGGUGUGGAAAAGCGAAGGAUCUGAGUGAUGGAGGCCUGAUAGAUUAGAAGUUAUCUAUGCAUACAAAUGUUGUUGAUCUUUAGUCGCCAUUUGGCUUAAGUGGAAGCUGUGGAAUAAAUAUUUUAUGCAAACAUACUGGGAAAAAGUAUCUAUAAACAUUCUGUUUGGUUUCAAACGGACUAGAGUAUAUGUCAUUCCGCAGUAUAGUCCGUGAUGUAAGGGAUGGCUUUGGAAGCUUAUCAAGGCGGAGUUUUGAGGUGAGGCUACCUGGACAUCACAGGGGAAAAUCUCAUAGCGCGGUCCAUGAGUUGCAUGACCAGCCUCCGGUCAUCCAGAAUAGCUGUUGGGCUAGCCUCCCGCCAGAGCUUCUUCGUGAUGUGAUUAAGAGGUUAGAGGCAAGUGAGAAUGGUUGGCCUGCUCGCAAACAUGUUGUUGCCUGUGCUGCUGUGUGCAGGUCAUGGAGGGAAAUGUGCAAAGAAAUUGUCGAAAGCCCCGAGUUUUCAGGGAAAAUUACCUUUCCAGUCUCCCUGAAGCAGCCAGGGCAUCGAGAUGGAACCAUUCAGUGCUUCAUUAAGAGAGACAAAGCGAAUUUAACUUACCGCCUUUUCCUUUGCCUUAGCCCUGCCUUGCUUGUUGAAAAUGGGAAAUUUCUUCUUUCUGCAAAACGGAGUCGGCGAACUACUUGCACAGAGUAUGUGAUUUCCAUGGAUGCAGAUAACAUAUCAAGAUCAAGCAGCACUUACAUAGGAAAACUAAGGUCAAAUUUCCUUGGCACAAAAUUCAUAAUUUAUGACACACAGCAGCCAUACAAUAGUGCUCAUCUUUCCCCGCCUGGGUGUACAAGCCGUAGGUUCCACUCAAAAAAAGUUUCUCCCAAAGUCCCUUCAGGCAGCUACAACAUCGCCCAAGUCACAUAUGAACUGAAUGUGCUAGGCACAAGAGGUCCACGCAAAAUGCAUUGCAUCAUGCAUUCAAUCCCUGCUUCAGCCCUUGAGCCAGGUGGCACUGUCCCGGGCCAACCUGAGCUCCUUCCUCGCUCCCUUGAAGACUCAUUCAGGAGUAUCUCGUUCUCGAAAUCAAUUGACAACCACUCAACCGAGUUCAGUAGCUCCCGAUUUUCGGACAUUGUUGGUCCAUGUGAGGAAGGAGAGGAAGGAAAAGACAGACCUUUAGUUCUUCGAAACAAGGCACCAAGGUGGCACGAGCAGUUGCAGUGUUGGUGCCUUAACUUCCGGGGGAGAGUUACAGUUGCGUCUGUCAAGAAUUUCCAAUUGAUUGCUGCCACACAGCCUGUUGCCGGUGCACCAACACCGUCUCAGCCAGCCCAAUCUGACCAUGACAAAACUAUCUUGCAGUUCGGUAAGGUUGGCAAAGAUAUGUUUACUAUGGAUUAUCGCUAUCCUUUAUCUGCAUUCCAGGCUUUUGCUAUCUGUUUGAGCAGCUUUGACACCAAACUGGCAUGUGAAUAAAAGAAAGAAAUAGAACACUUAGUUGGUAAUGGGGUUUUUCCUUUUUUUUUUUGAGUCCUAUGGAGUUGCAUAGGAUGGGAAAUUUGUAUGCAGUAAGUGCACAAUUCAAAAUCAGACGGGAAGGUGCCAGAACAAUAUCUUCGCACAUUGGAAUGGGGCUUUUCUCUUCUUUUUUUUGUCGUUAUUGUUUUUUUUUUUUCCUCUCUCUCUUCCCUGUUGUUUUUUGUUUUUUUACUCUCUUUUUCCUCAUGUUUGUUUGCUUGGAUGGUUCAGCUGUCCAUGUCGUGUAUUUUAUCUUUAAUGUUCUUCACGGGUUGAAUUACCUUAGAAACUUCAGAAAGAUGUGAGCAUUUGUAUUAUUGUAUCUGCCUUUGAUUUUUCA